UAGGCGGGGUAUGCGCUCGGCGAAUCAGCAACCCUCAUGUUCUACCCGCUGUUCUUCCUCCGUUAGUCGAAAUACACUAUGGUCAACAAUGUUUGUAAGAUUACAGCGAUAUUUUAAACAGUUAUAUAAGGGCACUUACAUACUAACCCACAUACUAUCCAGAAUCCAGACAUAUUUAACUUCAGUAUGUAACACUCUAAUGGGGUAUUCGAUUGCAGGAAAACAGGAACAUAGCAAAGCAUGACUACUCGAUCCGUUUUCUCCUGCGCGCUCAUCGUCUGACACACCGACGUCACCGUCGACCAAUCAGGGUUCAGUAUGAAAUAGGUCGGAUGCUUUUUUCUUUAGGUUCCGAUUGUCUUGCUGCAGAAUACUCUAUUACAUGCAUUAGCGUAUUACAGAGUAAAGUAUUGUGUACAUACUCGGUUCGUAUUAAAGUAACCAAUCCUCCUAAACGUAAGUAUAUUAUUCUGCAUUCCGGUGAAGCUGAAGAGCUUUGUUAUCUGUUACGAAGCAUUGUGUAACUUGUUUUUGUGAAGUCACGAAAACUUUUUGCAGCGUUCGUGUAGCUGUAGUACCCUAGAUUGGACUCCAGGCGUAGACCUAGUGACGCCUAGCGGUCUCCAAAGCAACUGCUAUAUAAAACAAUCAGAGGUGCGUAAUUCAAAAAGGUGGUGACAUUUUGACUCUUGAGGACGACGGAAAUCUUCAUCAUAUUGUUCGAUUUCACCGGCCUACAGUUUGGCAUUAGGAACGUCUUCGUGUAGGUUCGAUCCUUUGCCUCAUAAUGCACAAGUGCUGGGAACGUGUGAGAGUACGCAGCUGUGCAGUCUUGUCGUCACCGGGCCAGUCAAGUCCACGUCACAGCGUCCUUACGGUGAAAUACAGAGGUCGUGUUCGCCACGCCACCUUCAAAGAUGCGACUCAGCGGUUACCUGUCCUGGCUCUGCCUGGAAGAAGGGCGUGUGCGAAGAUGUUUGUUUAGAGUUUGUACGGCAAGGACCACAGCUCUGUACAUGGGUGCGUGCGUUCUGAUUGCGGCCACCAUCGCCGUCCGGAAGUCCACAUCCGUACAGGCAGCCAUGAUGCCCAUCACAACCCUAAGUUCUUGCUACUCAGGGUUCGUGUGUCUCUCCAUAUUCCGUGACGUACGCUUCUGGACUAUCCUGCAGGAAUUGAAACGACUAGUCGAAGUCAUGGAGGCAGACGUGUGUGAAGAGGUUUGGGUGGCCCGCACGAGGCAGCGCAUCGUUGCAUUCUCCCUCGAGACCAUGGCUUUGGCCAUGGUGACAGCAGUGAACGUUCUCGCGCACUCGUUCCGCUCCGACGACUCUCUGCUCCCGCUGUGGCCGUUCGUGCCGUACGCGGGCCCCUUGGGCUUCCCCCUCGCUCGCCUGUUCUGGGGCUGUGCGCUCUGCACCAUCCUCCUGUCCAUCAACUACCUUGUGAUAGCGCUGGGCUGCGCCACCUCUACAGCGACCGGCCUACACCACGCCCUCGCACAGCGCCUCACCUCCACAGCGAGCUCAGAGGUCCUAAGGGACGCGGUAAUCAGACACCAGCGACUUCGCCACCUUGUCAUGGACCUGACCGAUUUUUUCGCGGGACAACUGGCACCUGUCAUGGCCAGCUCGUUCUGCCACUCACUUUUCGCUACCCUCCAGGUGUUAUCAAAUGACUUAACUACUACGACUUACACUCAAAUACUUCGCGUGCUAGUGGUCUUCAUCCAGCUUUCCUACCUCAGCCAAGAGCUGUCGGAUGCUAGCCUGUCACUGCAUACGGCUGCCUACCACGUAGCUUCAAGCGACAGCGUAAGCCUGCCAGAGGAGCGCGCCCUCAUCCUGGUCAUGCUGACAGCGAGCAGGGCGCCUGCCUUGAGGUGCAGGGGCCUAGGGCAACUCAGCCUGAGCUCCGCGGGUAAAGUUCUGCGCCAGUUUUACUCUGUCGUUAACGUGCUCGGAGGACAGCGAUACUAGACGUUCUGGUAAGGUCGUCUGUAGUAAAACGACUGCAACGCAGCAGCAAUGAAACUUAUGGGGUGCUCAGCUUGCUUUAGCCCGCUAAGCUUUUGAGAUUAGUUAUGUCUCACUCCGACCCGAUCAAUACCACCCGACGGGUGCCCGACUGUGGUUAUCAGGUGAACGCAGACUUGUUUAUCCCUGGUAAUCCACACACUCUUGAGGGUCCCUUCAAAAGGACAAAUUUAUUGAUGGCGAUAUGAAUUUUUGAGCCCAUUUUGCCUAAAUAAAAACGGGCAUGCGAAUAAUAAUGCG